CUUCAUCGGAUACAAAUUUACCUUGUGAUUGAAUCUAUUUUCAGUCAACUUUGAUAAUAAUUGACUGAGGUCAAUUGUGUUUAUUAAUUUAAAUCAAUUAUGUCUGGAUUUUUUAAACAAGAUAUGCCACCUCCGGGUGGUUAUCCACCAAUCCAUGUUGAGCGGAUGAAAUCAAAACGAUUUUUAUCAAAUUUCAACCUUUUCUUAUUUGGUGUGGCAGCUUCCAUAUACACCAUCCAUCUUAAACGUAAUAAGUCAAAUUUAAGAACCCUUGGAAAUAUUGAAGUAUCCAAUGCUCUAAUUGCUCUUGAACCAUUUAUCGAGGCUGAACGAGAUAGAAUGUAUCUGAAAAACUUGAUUAGAUUGCGAGAUGAAGAAGCCGAAACAAUGAAACGAUUCCCUGAUUGGGUACCAGGAACAUUAUUUGGUUUACCAAGAUACAAGACUUUACCGAAUGAAGUUAACCCAACAGCUGAGAUCAGCGAAUACUGGAUGUUUAGGCCAAUGUAUAACAAAUUAGAUUACGUUUAUCCUGAUAGACAUCUUGUAUAAAUUGUGAAUGUUUGAAUAGUUACUCACCUCUUUGAUUGAAUUGCAAUUAUCGUGAAAUAGUGAAAAAAAAGAUUCAUGGUUUAAUAUACCUUGUUUACCCUUAAUAACGUGACAAUGUUGAGAGGUUGUCACACUUGUUUAUGUUCAAUCUUACAGUCAAACACAAUAACAUCAAUAAUAACUGUGUUUAUCAAUCGAA